GCAGCCUGUCUGUGUGCUGUGUCUGUUGUGUUAUUUUGUGUGCUUGUGGAGGGUGAGUGAAGCGCAGGAAGUGUUUUCAGGUCCUUUUAACAAAGAACCUGGACACCUGUGAGACUGCUUGUUGUAAUGUGACAAUUGUAGAUCCUACCUUUUAUUAUUUGCACUUUGAAAACAUAAGUAUUUAUUUUAAUUUAUCCGAAAGCAGCCAUUCUAUUGAGUACUUGAAGCUGGCACGGUGUGGCUUUGUUGUUUUGUAAAACCAAGACUUUCUGCCUGAUUCAUAUUUUGUUAGUUAGUUGUUGUUAAUUUAGUUAAGAGAAAAUGACUACUGGCUGCCAGAAGACCACUGCCAAGGCCAUCCCGUCGACCAGGACGGUGACUAUCAGCGACACGGACCACAUGCCCCACGACUACUCCACGACUCCCGGAGGGACCCUGUUCAGCACCACCCCUGGAGGUACCAGGAUCAUCUACGACCGAAAGUUCCUGUUAGAGUGUCGUAGCUCCCCAGUGGCCAAGACCCCUCCAAAGGGGCUUCCUGACAUUCCAGGGGUGACCAGUCCUUCCUCUAAAGAUGCCGCAGAGAAGAAAGGAGAACUACUGAACAAUGUCCAUGUACCUGGUGGCAGCAACACUGGUGAAGAUGCACAGUUUCAGAUGGACAUGUAGGUGAUGCUGGAACCAGGACUGAGAAGACAGACUUGCUGAUGAGAACAGUAGCUCAGGAGUACCAUCAUUCAUUCCAUGAAGAACAAAAUUUGCCUACAAUUGACAGUGUCUUAGUCUUUCAGUCUUUAGUCUGUUUUUCAUUUUCUUGUUACAAAAAAAAUCUGCAAAUUUUUUUUCCAGCUUCCUCAAGGCUUAAAAUAUUUUGUGAAAAGGUGUGCCUUCUUGAGAAUCUACACCAAGGUGUACUUAACACCAACACAGCCUCUUCACCACUGAGAUAAAUUUAAUAGAAAUUAAGAUAAAAAUCAGAACAAAUCUAUUUUUUGCUACUUGUACAUCCAUUCCAGAAGGAUUUGUCACUUAAUGUGCAUUUAUAUCUGUCCUCUUUACAGAUAUUUCCUUGAAAUUUGUAAAACUCAAAUUUGUUAACCGUGCUUUUUAAAAUCUUCACCUGAAAUGACAUACAGAGAAUGUAAACCACAAUUUUGAUGAAAUUUUGAUUUUCAAACAGUUUGUGAGAUGACAAAGCAUUAAAACAAACUGCAUUAACAGUU